AGAUCCAUAUCACUAGGGGCCCGGACGACUAGAAGAGUCAAUUUCAUUCAGUCGACGUCUACUGGUUGGCAGAACAACUUGCAACUUCCUGGCCUCCAAUUUGUCAAGAUCCCAAAAAGAUAGCAUAGUAUGUCGCAUCUCAGGGGAUUGGGGCGACUACUAAUCGCCGUGACCUUCUUCACGUGCGGAUUCUUCGUCAACAUUGGACAGCUUUUGCUGAUCAUUCUUGUGAGACCCUUCGACAAGCGACUCUCUAGGAGUCUUAUGAACUACCUCCUUUACUCUUUCUACAGCAUCCUAGUCUGUGUGGCGGAAUGGUAUGCAGGCAGCAAACUGCGGGUCUACAUCGAUCCCGAGGACGAGAAACAGUUCUUUGGCAAGGAGCACGGACUGUUGCUGAUGAAUCACACAUACGAGAUUGACUGGCUUACCGCUUGGAUGAUCACCGACAAGCUGGGAGUUCUGGGUGGAGCCAAGGCGUACGCCAAGAAGAUGCUACGCUACGUGCCCGUCGUGGGAUGGGUCUGGUGGAUGGCCGAAUUCAUCUUCCUCGACCGCAACUUUGAGAAGGACAAGAUAGUGAUCAAGAGUCAGCUUACGGAGGUGUUUUCCCAUCCGGAUCCGGUGUGGCUGUUACUAAAUGCUGAGGGCACUCGCUUCACGGCCGCCAAGCACGAGUUGUCCGUGAAGUUUGCCCAGGAACGAGGUCUUCCCGUGCUCAAGCACCACUUAGUUCCGCGCACCAAGGGAUUCACCACCAGUCUUCCAACCAUGCGAGGCAUCUGUCCUGCCAUCUACGACAUCAACCUGGCCUUCAAGAAGAAUGCUGAGCCCAGACCCACCAUGCUGUCCCAGUUGAAUGGUGAGCCCGUGGAGCCCUACAUGUACAUUCGUCGAUUGCCACUGGACAAGGUUCCAGAUGGGGAAAAGGAGGCCGCUGCCUUCAUGCUGGACUUCUUUGCGGAAAAGGACAAGAUCAUCGACAGUUUCCAUGAAACCGGUAGCUUCUUCAAGAAUUCUGGAGUCAAGGAGGUUCCCGAGAAGAUCUACAAGCCGCGUCUGGCCUCCCUGCUAAACUUUUUGGGUUGGGCCACUGUCUCGAUCCUUUGUAUUUUGCACUAUUUGGCCACCUCACUGGUUGCAGGCAACUGGAUUGGCUUCAUCACCGUCUUGUCCAUCUUGGGAGGAUUCUAUGGCCUCAUGGAAUGCUCUGUUAAUGCUUCCAGAAUCAGCAAGGCCUCUGCUUAUGGAGCUACUGCUAAGAAAUAGAUUUUAAUACCAGAGUUUUGUAAACUUAGUGACGUUAUUUGAUGAGUUGUAAUCAUUACUCGACUGCAAAAUCCUAGAAAUAUAAUAUACAUUGAGUCAAAUGUACAAAAAAAUUCAAGUAAACUGAAUAACGUUAUAUUUUUUA